AUGGUGCCAGCUGCAUCCGUAAAAGAACCUCGAGCCCACAGCUCGCUGCUGGACGAGGAAUAUACCGUCCAUGAUGAUCCGAUUCACAGGCGUGGUCGGCAGUACAUGUCGCACAACACAGGAGAUCGAGUUGGCCUCGCAAGUGUGUCAUCUUUUCUCCGUACGGCGCAGGGACGCUUGGCUCUGCGGCGUGCUGUGGUUGACACUUUGAUUCACCAGACAGGUGGUCAGGAGGCUGCCUCCAUUUCUCCUUCCGUGUGCCGCCAGGGCCAAUUCGCUAACAAAGAAGCACAGCAUUGCUGCCCGUUUGCCUUGUGGGACGGGCUCGUCCUGCCAGUCUCUCUCACCCUCCCUUUUUCGGAAGAUGAAUGCGAGAGCGAGAGAGUUUGUGCAGAUACGGUGGAACAGUGCUCUCGUCGGUACGAAGGAAACACCUCUAACGAGCAUCGAUCUUCAAGGAUCGUGAACACCGCAACUCGCCGCUGUCGCUUUGAAAGUGAGAGACGCUGCCGGCGAGGAGCACCUGAAAGUAAAUCAGAUCAAGCUACUUCCCGUGGCGUCCUGCCCCGGAAAUGUAGACUCCUCAAGCGAGAAGAAGAUGACGACAGAGGAACAGCCAUCCAAGAUUUAGACACUGCACUAGCUGCUAGGCUUCACGAUGGCCUGGAAGACCUCUACUCGGCUUCUGGCGACCAGAUGAGGGCCGAAUGUUCCGGCGACGGCACGAGCCAUACACUGGUGAGAACUGCACUACCACAUACAACAGGCAACCCCACAGGAAAGACAAACAGUUCAGCGAUAGUGGAGGAGUCCUGUGGAAACAAGCUCCAGAGCGCUUACACCCGGCUGUGCAGGGUCGGGCGCGCCGAUUCAGCGCCGAGAGAAUUUUCUAUUUGCGCGCCCGUCGCUCAGGUCGUUGUGGACGAGAUCGAAAACCUGUAUCCAGUCGGGAUCGAAGGCACCAUUGAUGAUAUCUUGGAAGACCGGUCACUGGAAAUUCCUGAGCACGAUGACAGUCCUGGGACGCGUGUAGGAGCGCACCCGCGACAGGAGAGAACAUGCCGCCACGAUAGGCAGCAUGGUGAAAGAAUAACGCAGUACGCCGAAGAACAUGCUUCAGCUGCUGCAUGUGGUUUCGCCGUUCAUAUUGAUGUUAUUGUGUCAUUCCCACGUGUCCUAGUCUCUUCCAAAGAUUCGAACGGACCCAGCAGGCGUCAAUCAAACAACGUCACAAGCGUCAGGGAAAGUGGCGUUGUCGACGGAGAUAUCAAUGUGGAUCUAGCGGGGAACAAUAUCUUCCGAUUUUGUUCUCCAUCUUGUUUGCCCCCUGCUCUCACGGAAGCUUGGACCAAUGCCUGGCAUCCUCGGUUGAAGCUGCUUUGUGACAGCGGCGUUGCUGCCAGGUACUGUGGCAACGGCCGAGAUUAUGAAUCACUCGCGCCCCCGCAGCACUCAAUCAUCUCCUCAGUUCGUGGGGAAAUGCCUAGCAUGCCUUCAUCUGCACCGUUGCCGAAGGGGGUAGCUGCACAGGAUGGCACAGGCUAUGAGAAUCCCGGUCCUUCCUUUGUGCUUUGUGACUCGGAGAUGCUCCGGAAGCUCCAGAGUAGGGAAGAGCUACUCUACGUUGCGGAUCCUGUCGACGUCUAUAUCGCUUCCUCGGCUCCGGAGGCCGCAGCAUUAGCUUGGGACUUGGCGCAUACGACCGGGAACUCCGAGUUAUCGGCCCGAAAGCAGGCUCGUGUCGACGAGCGUCCAGGUCCCGCAACGGUUUCCGAUAGGGGCGUUUCAUCGCUCCAGCCGCACUUCACCACUUGCACGAACAACCGCAAGGAAAGCACUCGGACUGACACAACGGUGUUGCGCGCAAUCAACAAGAAAGAAUACUCUUGUAUGCUCAUAAAGCUCGACGCGCCCACGCGCUCUGCCCGGUUCAUGGGCCCAGCGGAUCCGGUCGUACAUCACUUUGCCGUGCGGUGGGCAUGUUUUUGGCGAAGACAACGGGCGUAUUUGGACGCGCUGUGCGGGGCACCGAAUCCAGAUCCUUUGGCGGGUCACUCGAUGAUGAGUGCAAGGAGUUUGCAACUCUCCGAAUUUCUCGCAGAUUUAUUACCGACACUCGCGGCUGACGCCUUCAUUAACCAUCGGGCUCACACCCGCUGCAAGGCGCUCGCGCCGCAGCCAAUUGAAGAACUCGGCUCUAUGCAGAGUAAUCCCUUCCCGUCACGGACAGACGCCUAUCCUCUGCCAGGGCUCGUUGUUGUUGCCACGGCGCUACGCCCGACAACGCUCCAUCAGAGCCUGCGAACACCAACGCUUUUUGGCGGGGAGGCUGUACAGCUCAAGAAUCCGCAAACGUCGCGGGAGCGAGCCGACGUUAUACAGCAUCUGCUACGGCGUCUUGUGCCGAGGGCGCAGCGAUAUCACGCCCCCCGGCGCGCAAAGGAAAGGGUUGGGCUUAUGAUGGGUGCGCACGGCUCCUCCAAACGUGGAACAGCGUUAGAGAGACCGUGGGACAUGUUGUCCAGAAACAGAUUCUCAUGCCGCAUGCCCUUGCAAAUCCAUGAAGAAGUAUGGGAGCAUGUGACGACGCUUAGCCAGAAGACGGAAGGAUUCGGCAUCGCAGAUUUCAAGGCGCUCAUUGAACAGGCAGCUGCAGAAGCUCGAUAUGGUCUUAAUCCCGAGUCUGACUGGCAUGUUUCCCAUUCGGGUGCUUCUCCUCCUUCCGGCGUCCGACACCGUGACUUGCUUACCGUCCAAGUGCAGCAACCACCGUAUCGAAGAGGCGGAGCAGCUUCCCAUGGUGUGGUCCUCUGCAGGGCGCAUUUCGACCAUGCCUUACGCGAGUUUGUCCCUCGUGCACUGCACAGCCAUGAUUUCUUAAAGGCAAAUCUGACGCUGCGCGAUGUUGGAGGCCUGGAGAAGGUGAAAGAAGACCUUCGGGAUAUGCUGACGAUGGAAAGCAGAUUUGGACACUUGAUGCGGCGAGCUGGAGUCUCUGUUCACCGUGGAGUUCUCCUCAUUGGUCCUCCAGGAUGCGGCAAAUCACUGCUGGCGAAGGCGGCUGUGGGCGACCUAGAAAUGCGGUGCCUGGAGGUGAAAGGGCCGGAACUGUUGAACAAAUAUAUAGGCUCAAGCGAGGCGGCAGUCCGCGGAGUGUUCAACAAGGCUCAGCAAGCGAAACCGUGCGUCGUCCUUUUCGACGAAAUAGAUUCUCUGGCACCAAAACGCGGAGGAGAUAGCACUGGGGUUACUGACCGCGUCGUGAACCAGCUCCUAUGCUACUUGGACGGAGUGGAAGAGCGUCAAGGUGUCUAUGUGAUUGCUACAACUUCCCGCCCCGAUCUUCUCGAUCCUGCUCUUUUGCGUCCGGGUCGCCUAGAAAAGGUUUGCUACUGUGGUCUGCCCACUUCCUCGAACCAGCGGCUCCAGAUUCUGGAGGCCUGCGCAAAGAAAACAGGCACCGCCAACGAUGUGUCUCUACCGGAUGCCGAGAAAGCCAUACCAUGGGAUUUCGCACCAGCAGAUAUUCAUGCUGCUGUAAAAUCUGCCCAGCUCAUGGCUGUGCACGAGCGCCUUGAUAUUGCAUCCAGACCUCCGCCCUCAGUCUGCACAUCUCGCGUACCUCUGACGGUAUCGCCCUCCCGUCCCCAAUCGCUUGACGCCGCAAGCGAGUGUGGGAACAAGAUGCCUUGCGAAGGUGACGAGGAACUGUGUAGUGCCGCACAGAUGCAACGGAAGCCGAGCGGAAUGAGGGCGCGCUCUCUAUCGCACCAAUGUCGGAUGAUUUGUCACAGAGAAGACACUGAAGAGGAGGGCAAUCGCGAACGGGUCUCCUAUGCACCUCGAAGGAGACGUUCGAGCGGCGUGAUAUCGAUGUCGGCAGGCGGAGGCUCCCUGGGUGUGCUGCAUCCAGAGGGAAAGAUUGAAGAUACCUGUAGCGCCGGCGAAUCGAGUGGGAAGAAUUCAGAGAAUGUAGACAGUCCCUCGAGCACGUCCCUCACUCCUACAGGUCCUUGCCGCGUCUCAGAGGCUGCCACAGCCUGGAGGACCGCGUUCGGACGCGGGGAGGUGAUACUGUCUGCGCGAAAGGCAUCAGGUGGCGCGGCUGAACAGUCUGCUGAGGGCGGACUUGUAGAAGCUGCAGUAUAUUUGAGUGCAGUAGGCGAUACUCAGCAAAAUACGAGCACAAAGCAGCGGACGAGGCGGCGAAGGCGUCACAGAACGGGUUCGCCAAGAGUAGCACUCGCUUGA